AUGGAUAAAUUAAAAAGCAGUGGCGAUUAUCUGCCGAAUAGGAAAAAAAAUUCGGAAUGCGCCUUAGGGGAUAAAACGAAUGAUGAUCAAAGGGGGGCAUUAAAGGAGCCAUUAAGUGAACCAUUGACGGAGCCAACGUUCUCACGUAACGCAAUAAAAAAGGGAUCUUUGUCUAACUCUCAUUUAGAAGAAAAUGACAACAUGACUGAAGAACAAACCCCAUUUCAAGGCGGUGAAAAAGACACACGACUGCGAUGCAGAAGCUACGUGCACGAUAGGGUGGACGUGAAAGACGGAGAUGCUCUUUCAAGUAUAAACACAAGUGUGACAAAUAGCAUAGUUUCGGCGAAUUCUUAUAUAGCAGAAGAUUCUUUUGAAAAAUUUUUUCAAAUAAGUAGAGAAGCGAAACAGGAACUAUCUGAACAUGUAAAUAAAUUAUUAAACCAUGCGAAUGAGUCUGAUCGGUUCGAGACCCCCAGGAAAAAUAAUACCGAAAUUGACAAACGCUACGAUCAGAUGAACAGAAAAAGGAACAACACCAAACGGUCAAAAAACAAAAGCAAAAAAAAAAAAGAAGUCACUUAUGAUCAAGAUGAUGUGUAUGGAAAUUUCACAAAAUUGAGAACAUUAUAUGAUGGGGCAAAUGAAGCAACUUCCUACUUUAUGACCAACGUAUUAAAUAAAAAGAUAAAUAUUGAAAGGAAUAUCGUGAAGUAUGAUGAUAUGUUGUCUAAACAUAGUGAGGAGUUCUUUAAAAGGUUUGAGCUCUUAGAUCAAGAGGAGGAGUCCAUGGAUGAGGCAGAAACAGGGAUCAGUCUUGUGGAUAACAUAUGUGAGUACUUCACCUACGUGAUGUUCCUAGCGUUGAACAGGUGA